CUGGGUCCGGUCAACCAUCAAAAUGUCCAAAGAACCUCUCAUUCUCUGGCUGAUGAUGGAGUUUUGGUGGCUUUAUCUGACACCAGUCACUUCAGAGACUGUUGUGACGGAGGUUUUGGGUCACCGGGUGACUUUGCCCUGUCUGUACCCAUCCUGGUCUCAGAACAGCAACAGCAUGUGCUGGGGGAAAGACAAGUGCCCCCACUCCGGUUGCAAGGAGGCGCUCAUCCGCACUGAUGGAACGAGCGUGACCUCAAGAAAGUCAGCAAAAUAUAGACUUCAGGGGACUAUCCAGAGAGGCAAUGUCUCCUUGACCAUCUUGAACCCCAGUGAAGGUGACAGCGGUAUGUACUGCUGCCGCAUAGAGGUGCCUGGCUGGUUCAACGAUGUAAAGAUAAACAUGCGCCUGAAUCUGCAGAGAGCCUCGACAACCACACGCAGAACAACAACCACCACACACAGAACAACAACAACGAGUCCCCCCACCACCCCACACGUGACAACAACCAUAGCUGCACUUCCAACAACAGUCGUGACCACACCGGAUCUCACAAGCGGAACACCACUUCAGACGACAACCACUACUGUCCUCACGACAGCAAACACGUGCCCUUCACCAACCCCAAGCACCCUUCCAGAGGCAGCCACAGGUCUUCUGACUCCUGAGCCUUCUAAGGAAGGGCCCAUCCCCACUGCAGAAUCAGAAACUGUCCUCCCCAGUGACUCCUGGAGUAGUGCCGAGUCUCCUGCAGACACUGUCCUGCAGACAUCCAGAGGAAACCAUACAUCUGUAAGGAAACAGACAAGAGUGACUGGAAGGGGACAGAUGGAUGGAAUGCCCAUGCCCAUGAAGAAUGAAAUGCCCAUCUCCCAACUACUGAUGAUCCUUGCCCCCAGCUUGGGAUUUGUGCUCUUGGCAUUGCUCGUGGCGUUUCUCCUGAGAGGGAAACUCAUGGAAACCAAUUGUUUGCAGAAACACACAAGGCUAGACUGCAUUGGAGAUAGUAAAAAUGUCCUCAAUGACAUGCGGCAUGGAAGGGAAGAUGAAGAUGGACUUUUUACCCUCUAACAACGCAGUAGCAUGUUAGAUUGAGGAUGGUGGCAUGGCAAUCAAGUGUCAAAAUAAGUCUUAGGAGGUUUCUUUGUUUCAUAAAAAGGAUUCACUUAUUC